UCGUAUCAAUUUUGGGCAAUUCCUUUAAUUUUGGGCAAUUACUUUUAAAGGAAAGGAUUCUAUUACGAUUUUCAAGUGAUAUCACUAUGGGAAGGCUCUAUGUGAUCACUCUUGAAGGAAACUUGUAUUCGUGCAAGUACUGCAAAACCCAUUUUGCUUUAUCUGAUGAUAUUAUCUCAAAGUCUUUCCAAUCCAAGAAUGGGAGAGCUUAUCUCUUCAAUAAGGUUGUAAAUGUCACUGUUGGAGAGAAAGAAGACAGGAUAAUGAUAACUGGAGUGCACACAGUUGCCGACAUAUUUUGCACGGGUUGUGGCUCAAUUGUGGGAUGGAAAUAUGAAGCGGCUCAUGAGGAAAGCCAAAAAUACAAGGAAGGAAAAGUCAUUCUUGAGAGGUUUAUGGUGCUGGGUCCUGAUGGAAGCCAAUAUAUUCCAGAAUCCCAUAUAGUUGGACCUGGAAGUGAUGCUGAUGAUAUCUGAUUAAUUUUCUCAGAUUUUUUGUGGCCGUUCAACUCUAUUUUCAAACUGUACAUCCUUUGCCCUCCUUUCGUAUUUCUCCCUUUCAAGUUUAUACUAGUUCAGAUGCAAGCACACCCACAUUGGUUUCUAAAUUCGGCUCAAUUCUUUUGGUCUGAAUUUAUUAGGCAGAACGUAUUGUUAGCAUGUUUUAUUUUGCAAAAUGAAGUUUACUCUGUCAUGCACACUGCAA